AUGAAGGGAGUCAGUCAGGCUGAGGUCAUCCAAUUCCUCAAGAGCCAUGUCAUUCAUAGGUUUGGGCUUCCAGAGACUAUCACGUGUGACAACGGGAGCGUUUUCUUUAGAGAUGAAGUGGUUGUGUUUGCGGUUGAAUUGGGAAUAACAUUCACCUAUUCCACCCCGUAUUACGUGCAAGGUAAUGGUCAGGCCGAGGCAAGUAACAAGAUUCUCAAAGGGUGUUUAGCGAAGGUUGUGGAUGACAACCCACGAAGGUGGGCAGACAUGCUCUCUAAAGUUCUUUGGGCAUUUAGGACGUCACAACGAACCAGUAUGGCCACUACACCCUUCGCUUUAACCUACAGCCACGACGCAGUGUUACCUGUUGAAGUCAGUGUAAAGUCAGCGCGGGUGGCAUUCCAGCAGGGACUCACGCCAACAGCCUACAGCAAGGCCAUGCUGGCCGAGCUUGAUGACUUGGAGGAGCGUUUGGCCGCGCUGGAUAGGAUGCAAGUCCAGAAGAAGAGGGUUGCAGCAAUCUACAACAAAAGGAUCAGCCCAAAGCAUUUCCAGGAGGGGGACAUCGUCCUAAAGGCCGUGCUCCCAGUUGGGGCGAAGGACCCCAGAUUGGGCAAGUGGUCCCCAACGUGGGAGGGACCGUUUACGGUCUGUCAGGUGCUUCCGCGGAGGAGCUUACAGAUUACGUGA